UUUCACAUUAUUUACCUUUGUCUUCUUCUUACAGAGCAAAUUAAAGAGCCUCGAUAACUUCACAGACUUGUCUCUCUCUCUUUUUUAACAUCGGAGAUUUUUCGAAAAACUUCCCAAAGGAAACUUGCAAGGAAGAAGAAAAACAAAAAAAAAAAAUGGACAAGUUUUGGACUUUCCUCACUGCUCUUCAUUCAGGCGCUGGGCCCAUUGUGAUGUUGCUCUAUCCAUUGUACGCAUCGGUGAUAGCAAUGGAGAGCGCAACGAAAGUAGACGACGAGCAGUGGCUUGCGUAUUGGAUUAUCUAUUCGUUCCUCUCGCUGAUUGAACUGAUUCUGCAAUCGCUUAUUGAGUGGAUUCCGAUUUGGUAUACGGUGAAACUUGUGUUCGUUGCUUGGCUUGUUCUUCCCCAGUUUCAAGGCGCAGCUUUUAUCUACAACCGUGUUGUGAGAGAACAGUUUAAGAAACACGGCGUCUUCCGCUCUUCCCACCACUCCAAGUCCACCAAGCCCAACAUCCUCCAGUCUAUUUUCCCUCACCGGGAGGGACACGAGGCUCACAGUCACUGAUUCAGAAGACAGAAGAAGCCUGACUAGUAUUAUUGUAAUGCUCAGAGAGUUGGUGGUGGUCACAUCAUGAUGUCCUGUCUAAUCUACUUUUGUUUUUUAUUUUUAAUUUAGAAAAAAAAUGGGUAAUGGAAUGUUAAUGUUGUUGAUGAUGACUCAUGAGGUGUGUGUUUCGAUUUAUAUUAGAAGUGGCUUUCCACCUUGUUGUCGUAUUGAUUUAGUUUCCACGCGUAUAUGCUAAUGUUGUUCAACCAAUCCAUCUUUCAUUUUAAAAGUCUUUGAUGUUUAAGUUUUUUAAAAACAAAUGUAUCUGAAGUUUCAUUAUCUUA